UCGUGUGUGUCUUGCUCACUAGCUGCGAUCAUGCGUUUUGUGACUUUGUUUCUAUUAUGUGUGUCUACAUGUGGCAUGGGUUUGUCACUUAGCGCUGAGAAUACGACAGUACGACCUGGCAACACGAGCAACUCGACGUCAGAGCCGAGUUACUACAGAUGUGGUAAGGGCAUCUUCCCUUGUUCGGGCACGAUCACAGGAAAUGUGGUGUUGAUGGCAUUUUAUGGAGUAAUCCUCGGUAUUGCUGCCAAACUUAUUACAGAUGGUGCUGAACUACUUCUCGACCUUGGUCUACGUGCUUCAGUGGUUGGUGGCCUCAUAUUGCCCUUAUUAGGAGCUCUGCCAGACGCAGCCAUCAUCAUUUUCUCAGGAAGUUUUGGCUCGACAGAAUCAGCACAACACAGUUUACAAGUUGGAAUGGGGACACUUGCUGGCAGCACAGUCAUGUUGUUGACGUUGCCGUGGUUUGGAAGUUUGAUUUUGGGUCGUAAUGAUAUUCAGCAUAAUGGGGAGGCUAAGGAUGAGACUGGAACUGGGCCAUUAAGUUUAACUAAACAAGGUGUGACUAUUUUACCUGAUGUUUUGUAUGGAAUUAUUGCCAUGUUGCUCACAGCUUUGCCGUAUCUGAUUAUUCAAGGAGCUGACUGGCACUUUGGUCCUACAAAAACCGGCCCACAACCUGCAUACAUACAGAGAGCUGCAGCUGCUACCAUGUCAUUCGCUCUCAUUGGUCUUGUUGCUUAUCUCAUCCUGCGGGUGUACGACUCUCGAUCUUCAGAACGAAGGGCUGAGAAACACAGAGAAGAGAUGCUUAUACGUCGUGUUGCAGCUCGUUUGUAUCUCUUAUCCAGUCACCAAGUUCUCAGCAGUACAAAAGGCGAAACAGAAACAUCAACACAUGAAGAAGAGACGUCAUUACUUGAAAAGGGUGAUAGCAAGAAGGGAAGAGGCUUGAGGAAGAAAUAUUAUGGAGCACGGAGAGGUCGUGAUGAUGGUACUGGUUCUGAGUCACAAGAGAUGUCGGCAGCAGAAGGGGAACAACCAAACGAGACAGCGGAGGGAGAAGAAAAAGAAAAGCCGGUGUCCAAACGGUCGCUUGUAAUCAAAUCAUGGCUUAGUCUAGAGAUUGGUGUGAUUCUGGUGAUUGGUUUCUCUGGCCCCAUGUGUGAUGUCUUGAAAUCAAUAACAGAUCCCAAGAACGAAUCAUAUCUCCCCAUCCGACCAUUUUACGUCUCGUUUGUUAUCACUCCAAUUUGUUCAAAUGCUCCUGAGCUGUUUUCGUCGCUGGUCUUUGCGAUGAAGAAGAAGAAAGUCAACAUUUCAAUGACAUAUGCACAGCUAUACGGGGCUGCCACUAUGAACAACACAUUGUGUCUCGCUGUCUUCAUGGCUCUCGUCUAUAUUCGUAGUCUGAAAUGGCAAUAUUCCGCAGAGGUGUUUGUUAUUCUGUUGGUUGAAUUGAUUGUUGGCAUUAUUGGAUUUCGAAAGACGUACAAGUUGUGGCUUGGAAUUCCCAUUGCAUUGCUCUACUUCAUCUCCAUUGGCCUUGUCGCAUUCCUCGAGUCACCUGCCAUUGGCUGGAAGUAAAUGAAUUGACAAACGACGAAGCAGAUAGACAGCAAUUUGAAUGAUGAAAUACUUAUCGUGGUCUUUAAUUUUUAUUUGUUGCAGAGCACGCAAGUGUCUGUGCUUCAGUGUGUUGUAUCAUUUAUUUCAAUUUAUUGUAGUUAGUUAUUAAUUAAUGACGUCAGAACAUGAUUGAAUGUGAUUCCA